AUGGCUGCCUACGAGUAAACUUCUUGCUUUGUAAACCUUCUUUCUAAAAAAAAAAUACAAUUAAAUCUAGAUAUCUCUAGAUGUAAUGUGUUUUAUUUCGAGGCACUAUCAAGGUCGUUUGCUAAUUUAUGUUGUCUAAUAACGUAUCUAAUCUAGAUUUAUUCUAGAUCUACUUAGAUCAAUACUUACACUUAUGCCACUGCCAGGCCAAGUUGAAGUCUAAGAAUAGAUCUAGUAAGAAUGAUCAAGAAAUUGAAGAAUAUAAUUAUUAGAAUAUGAAUCAGAUCAUGAUUGACAUGAUCAUCCACCAAUUCAUCCAUCAUUAAUAUAGAUAUCUGACCACCUAAGUAAGUGACUGGUGAUGUAGGUAUUUUAACAGGAGUAAGGAGUAAUAAAAAAUUGAAAGUCAUGAGUCAUAGCUUAGGGAGAGGGCGAGGGGCCCUAAAAUCUCGCCUACCACCCAUUCAUAUGCUGGGCAGACAUACACCAGUUGAUGAAGAUGAACCUCCUGAUGUAUCAGUUCAGGCCUUCGGAUUUGAAGAAUCUGAUGGUGAACAUCCUACUUCUUCAGUGUUUGAAACUACUUUUGAUUCUUCGGAUGCAGAAGACAGUAGUAAAUAUAUGAGAAAGGCAUUCAAUAUACUACAACCUGGCUAUCAUGCAGCUAAAAGAAUGCCUGACAUGGAAGGGGGUUAUUUCAGUCAUUGCCCUCGAGGUGUCCCACUUGGUCGACAGUAUUCCAAUCUGCAUAGAUUAAUGGAAGAAAGAGCACAAUUAGAGAUUUUUAAAGAUUGUCUUAUUAGAGUUAAAUCUGCUCAGUCAUUUGUGGAGGAGCUAGAAAAUUUAGUUCAACUGGAGUCUAAAACUGUAUACUUGAUAAGACAUGGGUAUCCAAUGGAAACGCCUGUUACAAAACUCUACUGUUUAAAUGCCUUAUGUGAAGAUCUGAGACUGCAUGUAGCUCACUGGAACAGCAUUAAACAGAGAUUGAAUACCAACCGCUGGUUGCAGCCCAGGCUUGGUCAGUUAUGUCUACAGCUACAGCACAUAAUGCAAGUUUUGACAGCCCUGGUGCUCAGGUCAGUCUGCAGCCUUGACCAGCUCAUACACUUGGGCUUCGAGGUUUUUGCAUAUGGAAACGUUGAAAGUUUGACUCCAGAAGUUAUCUGGAACAUAACUAGAGGCUUAGAGGAUUUUAACAUCAUAAUCAAUGGUCUUAAACUGCACUUCCAAGUGGACAAAUCUCUUACAUUUGGGGUUCACCAUUUCCUCUUACCAUCCACGAACAGUUCCUCAGUUGUUACUUCAGCUUUAACUAAACCACUUCGGAUUAUCCCAUUUCACAAAAUAUUAAACAUACUUGCUAAUGAAAGGUCAAAAUAUGCUGCAAAACUGACUCAUCAGUUCUUCACUCAAAAUGAACACUUUCUACGCAUGCUUGCGGCAGACAAAUUUCCUGGGUUUGAGUGGGAUGAUUAUUUGCCCAACCAAAGCCAGCCACACUCAGUAAUGGUCAGGUCUGACACUGGUGAUUACCAGACAAUAACUGGCAGCAGUGCCAGUCUCAAUGCAACAUUUAUUAAAAUGGGUUCUCUACGAGCCCCUGACCUUUCCAAUCUUGCAUCUCCACUUUUACACUUCUCUCAAAAGGAACAAGAGUUUGCAGAAAGCUUCCUGCUGGUUGUUUGUAACUCCACGUCUUUACUGAGAAAAAAGGAACCCCAGAAGGCUCGACAAAGUCAUCGUGGCAGCAAGCAUCCAACCUCCAAAAACCCCCUUAGUCCAGUUGUUGGUAGACCCCCUAAAGCCCAGGGCCAGGGUGAGACUCCUGUCUUGACCCGCACAGAUUCUCAGCGUAAAACAGUUUCUUGGGGUGACAAUGCAGACAACAGUAUACGUAGUGCAGUUGUGGACCACUACAUGGACACUCUGUGGACUCAUAUGGGUAGGAAUUUGGACUUGUUCUUGGAUGAACCUGCCUGGAGGGGACAUAAUUGUCUACUUAAAUCUGAGAUUGGAUCUGUCCUUCUUUUUAAUGAUUCAGUAUCGGCUGUACUCAGGAAUAUGAUAGAACAUUUAUGCUAUAAAGAUUUAUUUUCACCCUCUUCAGUAAAACAUCUUUUGGGAGUUGUAUUUAGAUUACUUGCCUUAUCUUCAUAUGGAGCUUGGGAUAUGUUGCUGAACACAAGUCUUGCUUCCGAAACAAGUGAUAAAUGUCAGCCUGUCUCUCUGUAUGGUGACCUAUUCAGCACUCGGACAGGAUGCUUAAUUAAAGACAUGUACAAGCCAUUAGUGAACAUCUUAAUGAUGAUUUGUCGUUGCUUCCCUAAAGACAAAGAUGAUGAGCUGCAGCAUGCAGAUGUUGAUUUGAGUGUGUGUGCUGGGGUCAUCUGGCGUAUUUUGAUCACAUGCAAACUAGCAACUUCCUGGUGCACUUCAAAGUUACAGCAAUCUUUGUCUUCUUGGAACGUCAACCACUUUUUUCUCAUUUCACACUGUGAUCUCAAGAUGCUGGUAGAUUCAACAAAAAACAUUUGCUUCAUCUUACAAACUUUGAAUUUGGUGGAAGAUCACAUGGGACUCCAUGUGUUUGACAGCUUAAGUCUCUGCCAGAUCUUUUCAUUAAAGCAACAAAUUAGCUCCAUAAAUGGACAGAUUCAAGCUUUGACAGGCACAGCCAUGAAAAAUUUCUUGGACAAAUAUAAUGAACAAGCUGUCAGUUUCUUUCAAGAAAAUUUAUUGCCUGCAAGAAUUUGGAAGAAAAAAGUAGCUCCUGAUGAAUCUGCUGAUCCAAGUAACUAUAUCACAGAGGGCGUUGAUACAUUUCUUGCUUCCACAAUCAAUGGCAUUUCAAAACUUUCAACAACCUCUCAGAUUGGUGUCUUGUCGUUGAUGACUGGCACAUUCUGCAAUGCUUGGAUUAGUUUUAUAUUGAAAGAAAAAAUCAAAUUUAGUUUAUGGGGAGCUGUUCAACUUGGAAUAGACUUUGACUUUCUGAGAUACAAACUAAGCCAGUUGUUGACCAAUGAUGAGGUCAAACAGAGUAUAACAGAACUUGGAAUUUUUCAACAAAUGCAAGGAAUUGUCAUUUUACUCAAGAGACAACCAAGUCAAAAACAGUCUGGCAGUAGAUUAAUGGACAAUAUCAUGUGUGAUACUGCUGUCUCUGCCCUAUCAUCAGAUCAGUGUUCUGAUACACGUUCAUCAGGUGCAGCAGCUGUUGCUGUACGCAACGGGAGCCACAAAAUGUGUAAACUGGGCCCUCUGACGUCACAAGAGGAAGAAAAUGUUGUAUGUACUGUGCCAAACAUGCAAGAGUGGCUGUCACUCAGAACUAUAGGGGGGUCUAAACCCUGGAAAUUUCCUGCCUGCUUUUCAAGGAGUUCUAGUGAUGAUUAAGUAUUAAAAAUGUGUAGAUUAGUUUUUAUUUACAAGAAUAUAAAUAUGUUUUAGUAUUAAUUGCUAAGCACCAUAAUGUAUUAAAGGUGAUAUUUAUAUAUUUAUUGGCAGGCAUGACUUGUUAGGAUUUGUGUUAGUUUUUUUUUUAACAUAUAUAUCAAUAUAUAUAUAUAUAUAUUAAAUUAUACAAAUUUAAAAAUAUGUAAUUAUAUUAUAAAUGUUUAACAAGUGAUACACUGUGCAAAUAUUAGUUGUUUAUAUAUCUAUACAUAUAUCUGUUGAUUGCAUUUACAUAACUCAAGACCGGUAAUUAUUUAAAAUAUGUACAAUUGACUUUGAUUCUCAAAUCACAAAGUAAUUUAGAUAGAACUAAGUAUUAAAAAUAUAAACAAAGGAGCUAGGAGUACUUUUGAACAAUUUAUUGCUUCUAGAAUUAGACUAUUCAGACUUCUAAAUUGUAACUCAUAUGCUCUGCACAUAUCAUUCAUAGAUUGCUUGAUAUGGAAAACAUUCAUCACCUUUUGUUUUUUGUCUUGAUCACAUGAUAUAAUUAUUGCAAGCUUGAUAGCCAAGAUUUAUAUUGUUUCUUUCUAGAUUCUUUUUCGAAAUUCUUACUCAUGUGAACCAAAUUAAGACUAUUGACAAUGUAGCAAAAAUUGUGUAUCAUUGCUCUUACAUUUAAAAAAUAUUUUUUUUAAAUGGCUACACUAAGUAAGCACUUUUCAUUAUGGAACAUUUCUAUUAUAAUCACAGAAAAUGUUUUAGUGACAAUUUGUACAGAUGUCAAAGCUAAACAAGUACCGGUAUGUUUUUAAAACUAACAUUGGUUUGUAGUGUUUACUCAUUAACAUUGCGUCUCAUCUUGUAAUGAGCUGGGCUAUUCCAACGGGUCAAUUUGUAGUUCAAAUUAUCUGUUUUAAAUGGGUUGUAAGCGCUGUGAGUGAAGAAACCUUAUUUCAAAUUGAUUUCUAAUGAGUUUUUUUUUAGACUGGCUCAUAGAAAACUUAGCCUCAUUACUGUGGUGAAGAAGUAUGUUCAGUAAUAUUAUGUUAAUUCAUACGUUCUUUAGAGUGUAUAGUAUUGUGUGGGUAAUGUAUGAAAAGAAAUAGUAAUUCGGCUAGAAAACUAAAUAUAAAUUGGUUAUCUAGAGUCCAUUAAAUAAAAUCAUAGACUGCAGUGCUUUGUAGCUGAGUGGUAAAGUGCUUGGCUUCUGAACCGAGAGAUCCCAGGUUUGAUUCUCAUUGAAGACUGGGAUUCUAGGACGCUUCUAAGUCCACCCAACUCUAAUGGGUACCUCUAGUUGGGGAAAGUAAAUGCAGUUGUUCAAUGUGCUGGCCACACGACACCCUCGUUAACUGUAGGCCAUAGUAACAGAUGACCUCUACAUCAUCUUCCCUAUAGAUCUCAAGCUCCGAAAUGGGUUCUUUACUUUUACUUUAAUCAUGGUUUAUACCUAUAUACUUACAAUAUGGUUGCUAUUUUAAUUUAAACAACAAUUUAGUUUCAGAAGACCAUAAAUAGCAUUUGCAAAAGGACCAAAAAAAAAAGUAGAAGUGAUAAGAUUGUGAUGAAAAGCUUUAUCUAUCUUCUAUGAUGGUUUUUCCAUUGCAUUGUAUAUUCUUAACAUAUGUCCAAUACUUUAACCCAUUGUUUGUUUGUUUUUCCUGACACUCUGCCCUUAUAUUGGGACCUACCUUUAAGCUUUCCAAGUUUUGACUGUCCUGGUCUAUCCCACCUAAUCACUUUCCUGAUAGUGACAAACCAUGCAGUGCAAUCUUUUGCCAAAUUUUUCAGGUCACUGAUUUUUUUGUGGUUGCUUUGAUUCUUAAAUGUUCACUUGAAAUUUUCUUCUUUUAUUUCCAGAACACCACAACCAUGCAUAAGUGGCAUUUCUUUGUUAGGAAUAACAAUCCUUUAAUUUUCUUGAAUAUUAUACAAUUUUAAUAUUUUGAAAGACAGUUGGGCUCACAACGCAUUUUGUAAAUGUAAAUUAUUUUUUCCAAUGGUAUGAAAAAAGAAAGAGGAAAUGUAUUAUUUUGAAAUGAAACUUAACAAAAGAAGUUAUUUCUAUAAGUAAUAUCUCUGUUGAUCUCUGUUAGUUUUUUUAGUGAGUUAUCAUUGAGCCAUGUAAUGUAUAAAGAAAGUGUUUGUUUUUUUUUAAUUGAGUCUUUCUAAUGAAUGUUUAAGGGAACUGAAAAGAGUAUUUCAAAAGAGUUGUCCAGACUUGGAUAGUGUUUUAGCUAAUGAAGUUUUUUGUUUUUAUUGGGAUCAUCCAAAUAAAGUUAGGCAACAUUAAUGGAGCCAAUAUUACUGUCUGCUUCUAACUCGAAUAUUUUUCAAUGGAAGAAAUAAACUCUGAAGACCUUAUAGGAGCAAACAAAAUCAUAUCUUGUAAAGCAAUUAUCAAAAUGAAUCAAAACUAUUUUUUUUUCACCCAUUACUAGUACCAGAACCAUUUAAAUGGAUUUGUUUCAUUUAUAAUUCUCAAAAUUUUAUCUACUCUACAGUGGCUAGUUGAUUGUUCAGAAACAUUGUUUGUUUGAAGCAGUAAAAUAAACAUACAUGUUUGUAAAUCUGGUAUUUCUUUCAGGAAAAUGUGUUGUUUGGGAACCAAAGAACUUUGAAUGAAAGUCUAAUCAUUGUAAUUAUAUUUCAUUAUACCAACAUGGGUUAUUUGACUAACAUUUAGUACAUAAAAUCCUUUUUUAUCUUCCUGCAAUGAAAUACUUAAAUUCUCUUUAGGUGUCUUAGCUGUUACAAAACAAAAAAACAGUGGUUUAAAAAGUUUAUGCUUUUAAUAAAUACCACUUGCAGUAUAUUUCAUUCAUAUGUUGUUGUUUUGAUCUAAUACUCUGAAGCCAUUGAGAAGUAAAUGAAUGUUGCUGCUUUAUUGUAGAACUGAAAUGGCAUAGAGAGAUUUGUGCAAGUUUCAUUUUAGUUUCCUAAAUAAAUGUAUCUAAAAGAAAACCAUAUGGGAAAUCUUAUCCAUCUUAAAAACAUGGUUUAAACUGCUAAUAUUUAAUGAUCCAACUUAUCACCUAUAUUUAGGUUGCACUUUUUGUCUUCCAGAAUUCUAGACUGGAUCUGCUUACUAUUUAUUAUUCAUGACUGUUUCAAAUUUAGUGCUGAUGUAUUACUAUAAAUAGAAAACAAUUUGUUUCUGCUUUGAUAUUUGCAAACUAGUUAUUGUUAAUGAGGUCUUACUCAUAAAUUGAGUUCUUGUCUGUAUAGUCAGGCAAAUAGUUUGUGUGCCAGCUAUUUUAUUUGUAGGACAUUUAUUCUUAGGUUGGUUUAAUUAAAGCCCAAAAAAAUAUUUUUUUUAACAAAUUAACUAAAGAUUUAUUUUUUUAUGUGUUUUUCUUAUGAAUCAAAUUCAUAGUAACAUUUUUAAUUUAAAGAUGGUGUCAUAUUAUACAGAGUUUUGGAAUGUAAAAUAAUACAAGUUUGAUGACAUGGUCACUCUUUUGUAUGCUUAGUUUUAGUUGCAAAUACCGUUUCAGUUGUGUACAAAUGUUUUUAACAAUAUGUUCCAGUUUUCUAAACAUCAUGAACAAAAAACUUUUCAACUUACAAAUCACCUCUGUUGUAUUGCCAACAUUAUCACUGCAUGGUGAUUGAGGCAGAGUUGGUAUAAUGAAAGGUUUGAACAGUUUUGGGUUUCAUAUUUAUAUGUAUAUCUCUUUGUACAAGCGUACUAGUUAGUUGUUUUUUUUUUAGUAUUUUCUCUUUAUGUUAUAACUGUUUGUCUACUGUCUUCAAUCAAACUAGCAUCUGUGAUGUUUGAACUAGUCAUACACUGGCUCAGGUACAUGUACAAUUACAACAGGACUCAUUUGUUAUUUAUUAAACUACAAAACAAGACUUUAACUUGAUAUAUGUUUGUUGACAUAAAAUUUUUCUAAUUCUUUUUUUAUUUUUUCAAUUAUUUUAAAUAUAUGAAUUAUUUAAGGGUUUUUAAUUCUUUAAGCCAAAAUUUUUAUUCAAUUAUUUUAAAUAUGAAUUAUUUAAGGAAUUUUUAAAUUUAAUAUUUAAUCUUUUAAUACCUUAAUAAAAUGUUUAUGUUUAUAUUUUCCAUUAAUUACUAUGAUGCUAAUUGUAAAUGUUUUGUCAUGGUGGCCUAAAGAUGGCAAGUAUAAUAAAAGCACUAGAAAAGAAAAGUUUUAAAUAGAAAUAGUGAAAAUAUAGCAAUAUUAAGACAGGUUUUGACGAGAGCACAGACCUAGCCUAAUACUGCCAUUCAACUGCUCACAUGCUCAUCCAGAUUCCCAAAAAUCAUCUUUUUAAUUUGUGGUUGAAAUGUGUUGAAUCCACUACUCAUGGUUCAUAUGACUCACACGCUGCUCAUAUGAGAUCAAUUGUUAUGUAAGGCCUGAACAUCGUAGUUUAAACUAGGCAAUGAGCUUUUGGUCCUUCUAUAAUGAUUGGUCUUGGCCCAGACUCUUCUACACACUUUUUGUCCAGUAUUACAACAGGGCUGACACAUAUGAAACCACAAAGCUUGCAUAAGAAAAUACCUCAGUAAAUUAUCUCUCUAUAAUAAGACUAUAGUUUGUUUUUUUCUCUUAGUAACCAUUGUAUUCUGAAGCUGUUAUUCUAUAUGUUAUACUUAUAAAAUGAAUCUUCAUAAAUUUUAUUCAUAGUAUAAAGCUGAAACUAUUAUGUUGUUUUUGUAAUAUUUUGUUCUAACGGAAUUCACCAAAAGAGAUUUAAUUUUUAAAAAAAAAAUUUUUUAAGUUAUUGCAGAGUAACAUGUAGAGAUAGACAUUGAUAUGGAUUUUUUUUUUCUAAUAUGAACAAAUUUUUUUGUAAAUUUAGUUUGAAUGCAUAAACUUUUGUUAAAACAAGUUAAUCUUUGUCAAUGAUCAGCAGUCUGUUCUCAUCUUUAACUGUUUAGCCUUUACUUAACAGACUCACAUACAAAAAACACCUGAUUUAAAAAUAAAUAACAAAGUUUUAUGAUACCAGGUAUUCUCUUUGCUCUAUGGAAAUUGAUGCCAUCUAGAGGUGGAACUGGGUGGACACAAAAAUGUUUCUGCACAGCCUAAACAGAAAAAAAACAAAACAUUUUUUAAUGUGACCAAAGUUCUUAUCCUUUGAUUCCAAGUUUGUUUUGGGAAUAAUUCACAUUUGUUGCUGAUGUGUGUAUCUAAGUUUAUCAUCGGCCUUGUUACAGAUUCAUCUUCACAUGUUUACAUAUCACUUCAUAGAGUCACACACUAUUCACUAGUGGUCAGAUUUUUUGUGAGUGACUGCCAACACUUAUAUGUUUUGUUUCUUUUUUGUUGUUUUUGUACUUUAUUUUUCUAAUGCCAUGUGACACUUUCAAGGCUUUAAUUUGAUUGGUUGUUCUGAGUGUUUUUUUUAUUUAUGUCAUAUUUAAAUGCUUUAUCAUGUAAUGUUUUUGAGCUUCACACAAGGUGACCUGCACUGCCAAAAUGAUUUGUAUUCCUAACGUUGUCUGCUGUGACAUCAUCUUAUUUGAAUCACUUUACAUUUGUAAUUUAUUGUUUAGGAGAAUCAGAAAAGGGUGUGUAGAACAUCUCGAUUAUCUUUUUUCUUUUAUUUCUAUACUAGUGACAGUGUCUGACAAAACCAGCCGCCUUGCAAUGAUUUUCAAAUCUCUUGUUUAUUAUUAUUAAGACUUAAUUGAAUUCUGUCAUUCUGGCCUUUAUUUUGACUAAUUAUCAUCUUUCCUUUGAGUUCCUCAUGGAACAUAGGACCUCCUUUUGACUAAUCAGUUCAUUUUAUUUUGAAUCAAUUUAUGACCAAUUUUUUCAGUUCCAAGUCUCUUUGUUGUCUCCCCAAGUGGCUGGUUUUCUCAGGCUGUGUCAUAUUUGAUGUGAUAUUUUUUUUCUUUUUACAUUUAUUGAAUCUCAUUAAAACUUCAUUUUGUGUGAUAAAUUUUAACCUAAUGAAUUAUUUUUCAUUUUGACAAUUUUAUACAAAAUUUUAACCAUUUUUUUUUUGUCUUUAUCUGUUGAUUUUUUUUUUCUAUUAAUAUUAUUACACUUUGUAAUUUUUUGUUCUUUUUUUUUUUUUUAAGUGACUUGACUGUGAGACAUAAAAAUCUUUUUUAUAAACUAAUUCAACUAUUUUUUUAUAUCCUAAUUUUGUUUACAAACUAUGAAGAGAGUGCACCCUAAUCCUUAUCACAAAGUGCAUGCUGUCUUGAACUAAAAGUAUAACGAUAUUAUUAAAUACAAACGUUAAAUUUGUGUGGUAGGUAGGUCAGACAGUUUUUUUUUUCCUUUGUCCUCUUUGGGUUUAGGGGCUAGUACUUUUUUUUAAACCAUAUUGAGACUUUUGAUACAAUGCACUUUUUUUUUCUUUUGUUAAAUGACUGAGCUAUUUUUCCCAUAUCGUGAACAUGUGUAAAGUGUACAUGUAUUGUCUAGAGCUCUUCCUUGUGUCUUGAUAAUUAUCCUGCUGAUCUUUUGACCAACAGUAUUUUGAUUGGGUUUCCCUAAGUCCUAGCCUGUCUAAAUACAAUAAUAUACAAGCUGGUGUGACGUUGCACACUCACUCCAUAAUAAUUGCAACUUUUAUACUUUUUUUUUUAAACAUGCUUUAAACUGUUUUGUUUUUAUUUGUUUUGUUGUUUUUACACUUCCCUGUUUUGAGAAAACUGUUAGCAACGUUUGUUAUGGAGACAACACUUGACUGUUGAUUUGAUUCUGUUUAUGUUGUGUCCCUCUGCACAGAAAAUUUAAAAAAAAAUGAUGCAAUAAAUGAUCGUCCCAGAAAUACUGUU